AUGGACGAAAGCUUUAGUAAAUCAAUUCUUGGCCUGGCGGAUGGCCGAAUCCAUCUGAAUCCCGAGAAGCCUGUCUCCUGUUGGGAAGAGACAAUCGCAGGCGACGCGUUCAAAAUCUGCGUGGCGCCAGUCCUUGUCUGCCGCAAUGUCAAGCAAACUGCAGGUGGCGGGGAUAAUAUUUCCGGUGCUGGGCUUUUGGUGCAACUUUAA